CGAACUUGAUGACUCCAGGAGGCGAGCAAAGCAGCGUUGCUGCAGCAUUCAAGCAUCGAGGAUUGGACUCUUUUUUUGGGGUGUAUUUUCGAGAGAAUUUGACGAAAGACAAAAGCAACCCAACGAGGCUCCAGAAGCACAUUUAAGGUGCCUGACGACGACGGCGGAAUGGCGGACCGGGACCCAGCGUCAAUACCCGUGGAGGUUCGGGCGAAACUGGCCGAGCUGGAGUUGGAGUUAUCCGAAGGUGACAUCACACAGAAAGGUUAUGAGAAGAAGAGGUCCAAGCUGAUUGGAGCGUAUUUCCCACAGGGCCCAGCCAUGGAUCCUUCCACGGGCCAGGAGAGGAGAACACCAGCCACUCCGUCCUCGUCCUCGCGCUACCACCGCCGCCGCUUGUCUGGGUCACGGGACGAACGCUACCGCUCAGAUGUGCACACGGAGGCGGUGCAGGCGGCGCUGGCCAAGCACAGGGAGAGGAAGAUGGCGGUGCCCAUGCCUUCCAAGCGACGCUCCCUGGUGGUCCAGAACUCCAUGGAGGCCUACACACCGCCAGACACCUCCUCUGGGUCCGAGGACGAAGGUCACAACAACGCGGAGGAGGAGGGUGAGGGAGGGGACGGCGAAGAAGAGGAUGGAGGAGGAGGAGGUGGUGGUGGUGGCGGCGGCGGAGGAGGAGGCGGAGGCGGAACAACAUCCAGCCUGGAUGGCAGCAUCAGCAUGGAGCACUGGAUCAGUCGCGCCAUCCACAGCACCUCCUCCAACACUACCUCCUCCACUGCCUCCUCCUCCUCCACUCGCAGCGGGGGCAGCGGGGCGGCACACGCUCGUCUGGCCGAGGUCCUUGCGCAGCACGUGCACAUUUCGGCCCACCAGCACCACCUGCGCCUUCACCAUCAGCACCACCAGCACCACAAAGCCGGUAAGAACAAACGGCCACACAACUUCCGCUUUUUCAGUCCUCCCCACUUGGUGCAUAAAUGUGGAAGGAAUACAAAAAAAGUCAAACCAAGUCCUCCUUUUAAGCACUUAAGGGAUCAUGAGAGCAUGAUAGAGUAUCCCUCUCUCUCGUGGAGGUUAUUUGUUUAUUGAUGUGAGCGAUUGUGCGUCACGUGACACAUGCAGUCUGCUCACGUCGGCCCCGAGAGCAGAUGGUGGUGGAAUGUUAUUUCUUCUUCUUUCACGCUGCCUCCUUGCAAUCUGUCCUCCCAUCAAAAACACAGCCAGCAAGAAUUUCAGCUCAAAUAUUUCAGUUACUCACGACGGUGAAAGUCUGAGUGUCACAUGAUCACUGCGUCAACACGGCCCACCGGAAAACUUGAUGUUCCGAUUUUGUUCAAGUGCUUCACUUCACUGCAUAGUCUUUGUUGGAGCCUAAAUCCCACAAUUAGGGGCCGGGAUGUUGGAGCCUAUCUAUAUUAUUUAUUUAUUAAUUGUUUUGACAGUCUAAUCCAGGGGUAGGGAACCUAUGGCUCGUGAGCCAGAUGUGGCUCUUUUGAUGACUGCAUCUGGCUCUCAGAUAAAUCCCAGCUGACACUGCUUAACAUGCUAAGUAAUGAAUAAUUCCACUUGUAAUCAAAGUGUUAAAAAUAACGUUCAAAAUAUAAAACAUGCUCAUUAAUUUGAAUCCAUUCAUCCUUUUUUCAACCGCACUUGUUCAAGAAGUUGCAUUGCUUGUUCAGAAAAAGAAGCUCCAGUUUAUGUUGGAUUGAUGCUCCUUCUUUUGAAGUGAUUUAUUUAUUAUUGGUUAGUUUAGGGCUUGCCCUCCUGGGCGUUCUUCAGACCACCAAGCACCGACAUAAGAGCCUGUUUCAGGGUUUUAUUAUUUUUGUAUUUUUCAAUAAGUCUCUCAGUUGCUUUCCAGCAAUUGUCUUUUUCUCUUUCGUUCUCGCUCGUACUCUGGCUCCAGCCCCAACCGCGUCCCUCCUCCGGGCUGCUGCUUAUAAACAGAGCGACAGGUGUAGAUAACAAGGCCCAGGUGAGCCAUCAACACACAUGUCGCUGAUUUCGAGGCCGGUCC